UCAGAAUGUUUUUCUUUUCUUUUUUUGCAGCAUGAGUCAGUCUGAAGUAUUUCGACCAUCAAAUGGUUCGCUGAUAGCAAAUCCUGGACCUGUACACGAAGGUUAUAUGAGUCCAAUGGAUGCCUUUAGAAAACAAAGACCAUCAACACAGUCCGGAUCACGAUUUGGGGCACUUAGCCAAAACUCAUUUUUCACACGACACAAUCCACAUCCAGGAAGAGUGAGGCAUAUAAAAGGAUUAUUAGAUGUACCUAUUUGUGCUGUGAAUGAUGAUGGAUAUUUCGCCAACCCCAAAUAUUCUUUACAAUUCCCUCCAAAUAGUUUCAACAAAGACAAAUUAGCCAAUCAGAGAAUACCAGUUAAUGCAAUUAAUGUGAAUUCACAACUACAUCCAAUCAACACAGUCACAGGAUUACAGUAUUUUACAGGACUCAAUAGUUAUCCAUGGAGAGAAAAAGCUAUUCCAAAAGUUGGUCUUGUUCCUGUAACAGAAAGAUGGAGGGACGAAUUGAAAUCUCUCACCGAGGGUCUUACUUUGCCAGAACAACAACAACAACCACAGCAACCAAGAGAACUCGAACGACCAAGGACACAAUAUUCCGAAAAGACUGGUAGGAUUAUACCACCACCUUCAAGAGCUAUGUCACGUGGUCAGUCUCGAGGACAGUCACGAGGAGGGAGACCAAUGCCUAAUUUACAACACAUAUCAGCCGAACCAGAUUCAGAAGCUAUGGUAUUGUCAAUGUUAUGUCAGAUAUUACAAACAGAAGAUAUUAACGCUGUCCAAGCAUGGCUGUGUUCUGCUGGCGAAAGAGAAAAAGCCUUAGUACAAGAUUUUAUCAAAGCCGCUGUAACAAGCAAAGAUGAUUAUUACAAGAGAGACGUUCCAGUAGAAUAUAUGGAAGGUGAUAGUAAAACAAAACUCCCACCUAUUAGUGAGAACAGUCAGCUUAUACAACAACAACAACAAGCCGCUGGUGAUGUAGAUAGAUUAAUUGUAACAGAAAACAGACCACCAGUUAUAUCUGGAGGCAUUGGAGAUGACUUUACUGUAAAUCCUUUGGCCAUGUUAGAUGAGUUUUAUCCCGCUGACCAAAUGAAACCACCAGUAUCAGAGCCUUUCAAGAAGCCUCCAACAAGAAGUGGAUCACGCAUGCGUACUCCUUUGAAAACUACAGUACCUGCUACCAAUGGUAUCAGCACUGAUCAGGCCGUCACACUUAGAUAUACCAACUCUGCAAAAGGGAAAAGAGAAAGUGAAAAUCAAAUUCAGGAACCAGUAGUCGAGCCCACAUACCAAGUUACUAGUCCAAACACAUUUUGAAAAUCAGGAAGUUAGACUAAAAAUACUUGAAUUCAAGAGUCUUUGUGAACAUGGUGAAUCUUACAGAACAAAAGCAAAUUUCUGUUCGUUUCUUAAAGAAUGAAGGAAAUUAUUUAACAGACAAUUAUCAUCAAUUCAAUUAACUGACAGAUUAUUCUUUAGUUUUAAUUUUCCUUGGACAGAACGUACUUUUUUCUUGUUUUCUUUGCUUUCAUUUGUUAGUUAUAUAACUUCAAAACAUUGUAUAAAAUAAUCACUCAAGUGCUCCAAUAUCAGUAUUAUAUACAUAUGGUAGUAUUGUUUAUUUAUUAUAACGUCAGGAUUUUAAAAGUGAAGAGAUAACUUUUUCACGUAGUACGAUAGUGAACGAUUGCUAUAGUUUUCAUUCCGUCCAUUUUAAUAUGUAGAAGUCAUGUUCAAGUAUUAUUCUAUCAUUUGUUAUUUUUUUGAAGUCUGACUUCCUUGGAAAUGAUUGAUAACCGAAACAACUAGUUACAAUAGUGAAAUAAUUUUCGAGGUCGUUAUAUCAUGAAUAUUUUUACGUGUUCUGUUUUAUGUAUUACAUUUUCUGUUAUUGUUAAGUUGUUCAAAAGUUUAUUUAUGUAUAAAAUUUAGUUAAGUUGUAUAUACGAGUGUCUAUGAAGUCAUAAUGCUCAUGUUGAAUGAAGAACUGAACAUGAUUUUGCUCAAACAUACAUUGUAUUUAUUUCCUUCAAUAAAAGCUGCUGUGAUAUA